UAAAUUGAUAUACUAUUUUGAUGCGUAUAUUUUUUAAAUGUUACGAUUAUUAAAGUUACUUAUUACUUUUUAACAUUUCACGACCGUUUUCUGCUGUGAGUUUCGAGUUUGUUCUUACAGAAUGGCCCUUAUGCAGGUAACAACUGCUGACGCGCUCCCGAACACUAAACUAUUAAAUGAUGGUAAAAGCAUACCAAUAGUGGCAUAUGGCACAUUUGGGAAAACAAAUGAAGUGGAGAUCAUAAAACCAGCGGUCAUAAAUGCUAUUGAAGCAGGAUACAGACACAUUGAUACAGCGGCAGUGUACCAAAACGAGGAACAAGUUGGUGAAGCGAUCGUUGAUGUAAUGAGUCGUGGAAUAGUCACGAGAGAAGAUUUAUGGAUCACUACCAAGCUGAGCUUAGAUGUCGGUACCCGUGAGGGGGUACUUCCAUCACUUCAAACGUCUUUAAAGAAAUUAAAGUUAGAUUAUGUAGAUCUGUAUCUGAUACACUCGCCGAUGAAUCUAUUAAAUGUUCAAGAAUAUGAUUACUUAAAUGUGUGGAAAGGCAUGGAGGAUAUUAAGAAAUUAAAUUUGGCCAGAUCUAUUGGUAUAUCAAAUUUCAACAGUACUGAGAUAAAUAGGAUUUUGGCUAAUUCCAAAACAGUACCAUCUGUUAAUCAAAUCGAGGUUAACCCUAUUUACACAAACUUAGAUCUUGUAGCAUAUUGUCAAAGUUUGAAUAUAACCGUAAUGGCUUACGCGCCAUUUGGAUUCCUGGUGCCAAGACCAUACUUAAAUUAUACAACGAGUGUAACAUUUGAAGAUUCGGUAUAUAAGAGAAUAGCACACAAAUAUGGAAAAACUACUAGUCAAGUUGUUCUACGAUACUUGAUUGACCGUGGAACAGUACCAAUCCCAAGAUCAACAAAUACGAAACGAAUUAAGUUACAUUUUGGUAUAUUAGAUUUCAAUCUCACUCCAAAUGAAAUUUAUUCGAUCAAUGAACUUAACGAAGAUGCUAAGGUUUACAACUUCCAAGACGAAUCUUUCUUCGCUGCGCUAUCCGAAUAUUACGGCAUGUAACAAUAAAUUGUAAAAUUAGUUUCGAAUCCAGUUUUU